UCCAUCACUUCAAUCAGUAUCAGCAGCUUUUGAUAGUUUCAGUCAGCUUCAGCUUCAGCCCUCCGGUGGAAUGGAACUUUUUGUCCCAAUUUGUAUGGUAACAUAGUAACUUUUUACUUUGUUGACUUCUGUACGGUUUUCGUGGUUGAUUUGGUUCGAAAUAAAAUUGUGAUUUGUUGUAACGCGAUUGGUUCGUGAUUGACGCGGCUGAGGGUUCUCCAUGGGUUCUCCAAACUGUCUCUAAACAUACUUACGUUCGUAUCUCUUUUUUUAAAAGCUGGAAUCGUGUUUUGAGUCUAUGUCGUUCUAACAUGAAGUUUCUGUCAAUUCUUUUCAUCUCUUUCUGCUAUGGCUCUACAAGUGACCUGGAGGCUUUUGAUGACACCAUCCUUUUCAAAAUCAACUGGCCUAGAGGAGAUGAAAAAUUACUGAAUCUGGAAGAAGAAAACCGAGAGGUGCUCCCUAUAUCUACCAAACUCAAUGAAGCGUAUCAAUGUGUUCUGCCAAAUAUCAAAGAGAAAGAUGCUAACUCACAAGAAGUGUACAAUGGGCCUAAUCCUCUAGAUCUUUUGUCACCCUUAUUCACACAGACUGGCUGCUCUUAUCGGCUCGAUAGUUAUUGGACCUAUGAAUUGUGUCAUGGCAAAUUCUUGCGACAAUACCAUGAAGAUAGGGAUGGCAAGCAGAUAAAACUUCAAGAAUACUUCCUUGGUCGAUGGACAAAGGUUCAAAUGGAAAAACUCAGAAUGGAAUUGGAUUCAAAGAAAGAUAUUCCUCCAUCUCGUUUUAAAAAAAUUGAAGGAAUAAAUUUACCUUACUUAGAAAUGAACAUGACCGAUGGAACUAUGUGUGAUUUGACUGGCCGGCCAAGGCAUACAAGUGUUUUGUAUGUCUGUUACAACCAUGGGAAACAUGACUUUUACUCUUUGAAGGAAGUGUCAAGUUGUCAUUAUGAAGUCAUUAUUAUAUCCUCUUUACUUUGCCUUCACCCACACUACAAGCCAAAAGAAACGGGGGAAAAUUCAAUUGACUGCAUACCUAAAGAUCCUGCAGGGAAGAAGCCGUUGCGGCUACUGCAGUUAGAAGCUGAGAGUCUCAUGUUGCGUCAUAAAAAUUUACUGGAUGAUGAUUUUACGCCUUCUCAGAAGAUUUAUACUGUUGUCUCCGUGCUUGAUAACGAGGGAGGUGGCCAGGAUGAUGAGCCCUCCUUGUUAAUUCAAAUAAGACCGAUGCCACAAAGUACACCCCAACAAAUUCAAAGCCAGCCGACCUCAGAAGGAAAUAAACUCUCCAAGCCUGUUAUGGAGUCUGGUUUCACACCCAUUGUCACUGGACCCUCUUUGGACCCCCUUGUGGCCUUUUUAAAUGGCAUAAAUUGCCUCCAGGGUGGUUCUGGUUGGUGGAAGUUUGAAUUCUGUUACAUGGAACGUGCAGAUCAAUAUCAUAUUGACUCCGUUGAUGGUAGUAGAACCACUGUCAGGUUAGGCACCUGGAACUUAAAAGACCAUUUGGAUUGGAUUGAAAGAAAUCCUCAUAAGAAACCAAAGCCGAUUGAUUCUCGGACUUAUGUUUCGCAUUUUUAUUCACAAGGAAGCAUUUGUGAAAAAACUGGUCAACCAAGAGAAGUAGAGGUGAAACUAAAAUGUAUUCAAGGAGGACCCUCAAAAGUCUCUUUGUACUUACUUGAACCGGAUACUUGCAAGUACAUUCUUGGCGUGGAAGCCAGCAUAAUCUGUCGACUUUUGCCCCAUGCAGAUGAAAACGGGCUAUUUCAGCUGCCACAGGAUGAAACCCAAGAUAUUGAUCUCACUUCUCUCUAAUUUGAAUUUGUUAAAUUUCAUAAGUUUUGCACCUCAUCCGCUCAGACCAACAAACAUUUUUAACAUUGUUGCUGCUAGCUGUGUGAUUCUCUCUUCAAGUUCAAGGAGCUUUUUAGAGGUACACAUAAAAAGUUGAUUGUGAUUAAUUUUGUGGCAAUGAUGACUGUUCAGGUCCUUUUGUUAAUAAUUGUUGAAGUUGUUUCCAGUCGCUUUGUUUUGUACAGAUCAUAUCUAACCUUGAUUAAGUCUGAAAAGUAUCAGUUCUGUAAAUAAUACAUCUAGUCUUUUUUUAAAGUUAUUAAUUCCUCCCUAUGAUUUGAGGUUUGUCAAUCAAGCCUUGAAGUUCGCUCAAAGAUUUUGCAUUCAAGUCCUUAUUACAAGAAAGAGCUGGUGACAAUUGUUGAAACCUAAAGCCAUUUUAUUUCGCAAGCAAGGUUUGAUAUUCAUAAUGAGUAUUUCUCGAAGAGCAGUGCUGUAAGCUAUGAAUGAUUGCAAGUAUGAAUUUGGCUCUAGCAUGAUUAUAUUUGAUAGGUCCUCCCCAUCAAAAUGUAAACUAUAAGAAAUGCAUUAAUUGAUAGCUAAAAUCUUUACGUAAAGCAAUUUUGCAGCUUUUAAACUCAAUCGAAAGUAAUAUGCAAGAUGCUCUUGUCAUAGUCCAUUCAAUUAAAUGAGACAGAGUAAAAUAAAAAACAUGUCCAUAUGCACAGAGAACUGGAACUUCUGAUUUCUACAAUGACCUGUUAGCUCUGGACAGGGCCCAUUGUGGUGUUGUUCUCAUCAUGUCCACGCAGGGUCUGGCCAUGCCGAUCUGUUCUUCGGCAAUGUCAUUCUCUGGCCACGGGUGCAAAUUGUCCUUCAGCCCUCAUCGGAAGUAGCAACUAGGACCUCUAGCUUGUUGCAAUAAUUUUGGUAUGAAAAUAAGCCCACCUGCCAUAAUUUUCGUAACCGUUGUCACGCCUGAAGUCUUUUCUGUAAAUAACAGCGCAGUAGCCUGUGGAAACUAGGCCAUGAGAAAGGCUCUGUAAGGAUACAAUAGGAAUAAUACCUUAAUUAGCUUGGUCUGCGGUUAGAAAAUCAUUGCAGAAAUUACAUGUUGGAAUUCUCUGUAUGUCCAUGAGUGCCCUUUAUUUUACUCUGUCCAAUUUAAAUGUUCAGACCACACUGCCAUGCCAAGGAAUUACAAGCAGCCAAAGUUCCUUUGAUGAGUGUAAAUUUUUAGGGAAACCUGUGAAUAUUUUUCUUUGAAUUUUUCAGAGAAUUGUACUUGUAAUCAGAUCUAAAUUAUCUGAAAAUUAUGAGAGCAAAUAUUCAUUACUCUGGAAAACAUAAAUUUUCUCGGCAAUAAUUUGGCAACUCUUGAUUGUUCAUACGGCGUUUUUCCUUAGCAAGGCAGUAUAGGUAAAUCAAUGUCCAAAGCAUGGGAAAACUAUGUCUGGUUGGCUAUUUACUAAUAAGAAUUUCAAAAUUACCUAUGCCGUUGUGAGCGUUUAUUGUACUGUACUAGAGUUGCACAUCAGUAAAGUUUGUCCCUUGAACCUGCCGUAGGAUCAGCAUCAUCAUAAUCUCAAUUGGACGUAUUUAAAUCAAAAGGAAUUCGAUCUAUUCUUACAUGAGCCCUAAGAUCUGUAAGAAUACAUGCAUGACAGGACCCAUGUCACGGUGAAUAUAGUUCCUUUUGAUUUAAAUGCGUCCAGUUUUGAAAUAUCUAAUCAUGCAAUGAGAUGAUGUUUUUAAUUUAAGCCUAGGUAAAUUUCUGUGUUUUAAGUUUAUGAAUGGAAGGUUUUCUAUGAUCUCCAAUCAAAAAGACCAAAAUCUUUGCAUUCUCCAAAACACUCCUCACUUUUUGGUCAGUAGUAUUCCUGUUAUCCAGAUUCUCUUAUGCCAGCCUAAAGUAAACAAAGCCUAAUUAAACUGGGUACACAUUAGCUUGAUCAAGUGAGGUAGGUUUCCUCCAGUGUGUUUGGACAGGUAGUUUUAAGUUGGUUAAGCUGAGUCUUAAUUCAUUUCUUCUGGGUUUCCUUGUACAUAACAUAAAUGAACCAAGUUUACUAGAAAUGCACAAAGUUAGAAAAAAUCGCAUUUUAGACUAAGCAAGUUUGGUGUAAUUCUGAAUUGAACUCGUUGUGCACUGUCUGAUGUAAAAAUUUUUAGUCAAGAAAAAUGUAUUGAACAUCAACAAGUCAUUAAAAUUUGUCUUUAACAUUGAGUCUUAUGGAAAAAUAAAACUGAAAACCUCUUUCUUUUGGUCCAAUUUUGAUGCAACUUGAUGCAUUUCUGCUGAACUCAGUCUAAAUGUUCUCAGUCUGAUGUACCUCCAAGGAAUAAAAUUGGUCACAUUGUAUUCCAGUCUUUCUCUUAAUCUUUGAUGACUUUUUUUCUUUUACUUACUUCUAAAAUUUGGCAAAAUAGUCAUUAAGUACCACUCAUGGUUUUCUUUUAGAUUUUGAUGAGUAUCAACCUUUUUCCAGUGUGCAGUUGCUGUUCAAGAAUUAUUUUCUCUGACCUCUCUCUGGUCUAUAGUUGAAAGUAGUCUAAAGGUUUAAAAUAAGGAAACUUAAAGGAAACAUUUUUCCUCAAUUUGAUACAUGCAUUGUCAUAACUCUAAAAAUAAUUUUUGUCCUGGCAAGAUUUUUGUAAUUUCUGAUGGAUGGUUAUGACCUGAGGAAUUAAAUUUAAAAUUCAAUUUUUCUUCUUUAUUGCUCCUGAAUGAAGAAGAAAAAACGACUUAAAAUAAUUUAACAAAAAGUUUAAAUAUUGAAAAUUGUGUCUAUGUUUUUUUUAUCAUUUGAAGAAAACAUAAAUCUAUUGUGCCCUCAGUUUUUGAAAAAAAUUGUUUUGGUUGUUUUGUAUUGAAUGUGGUACAAACCGUUGUUCCUUUUUGUAAUUAAAAAUUUGUACUUAUUAAAGUCUUGACUUUCUUCAUAUCAAGAGAGUAUCAUUUAAA